AUGGAUGAAAUGAUGGAUGGAAUAAUCGAUGGAAGAAUGGAUGAAAUGAUGGCUGGAAUAAUGGAUGGAAGGAUGGCUAGAAGGAUGGAUGAAAUGAUGGAUGGAAUAAUGGGUGGAAGGAUGGCUAGAAGGAUGGAUGAAAUGAUGGCUGGAAUAAUUGAUGGAAGGGUGGCUAGAAGGAUGGAUGAAAUGAUGGCUGGAAUAAUAGAUGGACGGUUGCCUGGAAGUAGGAAAGGAGGAAUGGAUGGGAGCAUGGAUUAA